AUGAUUAUGUUUCAAGAGUUUCGACUACACACGAUUAAAGUAAUACAGUUUCUGGCAUCGGAAUUCAUUCCAAAUCUCUUCUCAGAACUUCUGCUGCUACGAAAUUUGCUUUACCGAUCUGAUUCCCCGUGCUCCAGCUAUUGGUUGCCUCGUCUGUAUUUGCGAGGCCUUGUAGCACAUACCGGUAAUGUGCAUGUGGCUGUCAGUAUAUGGCUUGGUAAGGAUAUCAAAUCGGCUGUCAGGCACUUUCGCUAG